CCGCAGCCUUCCAGCUCCCCACGGGGAGAUCAGUCCUGGGGGAGGCUGAGGAGCAGAGAGUAAGGGACUCGCUGGGUGGACAGGCAGGACUGACUGGAGACCACCCAGGGACAAGGGGCUUCUGGCCGGUGGGACAUCAUUCUCAGCAGGGGAGGCAGGCCGUGAGGGUCCCAUCCAGGGGUGGACUACAACCCACCUCGCUCUACAGCUCACGAAUCAGGACUGCCCCACGUGGAGGAGCCGCCACUGGGUCAGAAAGAUGGGGGAAAUGGAACAGAUGAAGCAGGAGGCUGAGCAGCUGAAGAAGCAGAUUGCGGAUUCCCGGAAAGCCUGUGCAGACACAACGCUUGCUCAGAUUGUGUCUGGAGUGGAGGUUGUUGGCCGCAUCCAGAUGCGGACCCGAAGGACCCUGCGUGGGCACCUGGCCAAGAUCUACGCCAUGCACUGGUCCACGGACUCCAAACUUCUGGUCAGUGCCUCACAAGAUGGGAAACUGAUUGUGUGGGACACGUACACAACUAACAAGGUUCACGCCAUCCCUUUGCGUUCUUCCUGGGUCAUGACCUGUGCCUAUGCCCCCUCGGGCAAUUUUGUGGCCUGCGGGGGCCUUGACAACAUGUGCUCCAUCUACAGCCUCAAGACUCGUGAAGGCAACGUCAAAGUGAGCAGGGAGCUCUCAGCCCAUACAGGUUACCUCUCCUGCUGCCGAUUUCUUGAUGACAAUAAUAUUGUGACGAGCUCUGGAGAUACCACAUGCGCGCUCUGGGACAUUGAGACAGGGCAGCAGAAGACUGUGUUCCUGGGUCACACUGGAGACUGUAUGAGCUUGGCUGUCUCCCCAGAUUUCAAACUCUUCGUCUCCGGGGCUUGUGAUGCUACUGCCAAACUGUGGGACGUGCGGGAAGGCACCUGCCGUCAGACCUUCUCAGGGCACGAGUCUGAUAUCAACGCCAUCUGCUUCUUCCCUAAUGGUGAAGCCAUCUGCACUGGCUCCGACGAUGCCACCUGCCGUCUCUUUGACCUCCGGGCAGACCAGGAGCUUGUAGUGUACUCUCAUGAGAGCAUCAUCUGUGGAAUCACUUCGGUCGCCUUCUCCCGCAGCGGGCGCCUCUUGCUUGCCGGAUACGACGACUUCAACUGCAACAUCUGGGACUCUCUGAAAGCAGAGCGUGUGGGAAUCCUUUCUGGCCAUGACAACAGAGUGAGCUGCCUGGGGGUAACAGCAGAUGGCAUGGCUGUUGCCACCGGCUCCUGGGACAGCUUCCUCAAGAUUUGGAACUGAGGACAGCAGCAGAAAGGGAAAGAGAGCAGCGGAGAGGGAAAGAGCAGCAGAAGCAUGGCCCGCAGCCCACGCCCAAGCGAACAGCAUCGUCAGCUGAGCCCAGCAGAAAUGCCUGCCCACCAAUCCCACUUGUCUCUAGACACAGGUCGCUUGUAGGGGUCUCCCAGAGUGAAAGGAGAGGUCGGGGAGGAGGAGCAGAGGGAGCUGGAUAGCAGGAGCGCAAACACUGGCCCUUCUCUCCACCUCUAAACAGGUCCAGCAGUUUCCAGCCUCGUGCAGGCUUGAAGACCUACAAAACACAGUUUAUUAUGUCUCAGGACGUUACAGUACAGCUCCUUCAAACGCCUCUCCUCAGGUUGACACCUAUCCUUUGGAGGACCCUCAAACACCUGUCACAGACCAGGCUGUGUUCCUGAUUGAACACAGGUUCUGUGCAGCUGUCCUAUAGCCCUGCAGACAGCCUCAGAGACAUGCUGGGUUUGAGAUUUCUACCAUGCAACCUCAAACAAAAAAAGCUAGUGUAAAUUGGGCUUAUCUUCCAUUGGGGAAGGCUUGAGCUAAGUCUUAUCUAUGCAUAAAUGGGGGACAAAUAGCCCUCAGACCUACCAGAGUACCAGGGAAUAUUAUACUUACUGUCUGCUUCUUGCUGUUUCUUCUCCUUUUGCCUCACUCCUGCAUUGUGUGGUGACCCUGUCUAACCAGUAGUCAUCAGCCCCUGAUUUCAAGCUUUUAUAGACCUUCAUAGCCCAGGCAAAUAAAAAAAAGCUCACAUAAGCACUGCAGGCUGUGUUCUUUCCAGCAUUGCAAUGAGCUACCGCAAACAUAACUCUCCUAUGAAUACUGUUUGUUGACCCCAUCCAGAGAACAUCUCAUCCCCAGGCUUUGUUCUACCUCAGUCCCCAGGGGAGGGUGUUCCUCAC